GUCAGAUCCCGAUAACGUUUUCAUGUGUUGUUGUCGCCACACAGGUAAACAGAAUAGACGCAAGAUGGUGCUGGCCUCUAUUCGAGUCAGUUUGGCGGUAUUAGUAUCUUAUAUGUUAGUAGUACAUGUUUAUUCUGAUGACGAACAUGAGAAAAGGAUUCUUUUAAAUGACCCAAACUACGUGCAGCAACAGAUGACCCAUCUCCAGGGGGAGCUACAGAGUCUCCAGGUCACUGUACAACAUCUGUUACAUUCAAAAACUGGUUCCGGAGGAGCCACGUUUGUCCGCUGGGGCCGGAACGACUGUCCCUCCAAUCUGACGGAACUCGUGUAUGCUGGUUAUGCAGGAGGUUCCUGGUAUGGUCACAGUGGAGCAGCAGUUGACCAUCUUUGUCUGCCACCUGAUCCGGAAUGGUUAGAGACAACAGUGGUACCGGAUGAUUACACGGGGAGGAUCUAUGGGGCAGAGUACGAAUCUACCAGUGGACAUACUCUCUUCGGGACACAAUCACACAAUGAAGAGGUUCCUUGUGCGGUCUGUAGAUCUACUUCAUUCGUUUCCUCUGUGAUGAUACCAGCGAGGACGACCUGCUACAGCGGCUGGACGAAGGCCUACAGUGGGUCACUGGCGUCAGGGUACUAUGGACACGUAGGUGCUUCCCAAUACGUAUGUGUAGACGAGAACCCACAGCCUGUUGUUGGGGGAGGUGAAACAAACGACAAUGGUGUACUAUUUUAUGGGGUUAAAGCGUUGUGUGGCUCUCUUAGAUGUCCUCCGUACGAGCAAGACAAAUUCAUAGCUUGUGUAGUUUGUAUGAAAUAAAUCUGUCGAGAACCA